AUGAAUCCUCCUCUCCAUCUACCCUCCGCGCCCCGAGAGGUCACCUACGCCUCAUCCACCAUGGCGACAACCGACAGUGACAAUCUCGCCUCCGGCACUCGCAUCCGCAAGCGGCGCUCCUACGGCAGCUCAAGCGACAGAGCCCCAACCCCGACUGAAGACGGGAUCAUCGAAAUCGACUAUCGGGCCGGCGGGCCUGUUCUCUGCGAGUCCCCGUGUAUAAGCAACCACUCACAAUAUGCUCUACCCCCGCAGCAUAAGUAUUACAAUCUGGUAGCCAACGAGAGACACAAAGUGGUGAGCCCGAUUGUGCAUCUGUGCAACGAGGAGGAUAUUCCCGGGCUGGUUGCGGUUCGUCUUGUGGGGAGACAGUCGGUGUAUGCUCUGCAGGACGAGCCAGUCCCGACCCUGCUGAUCUCCUUGGACCGCAUCCAGAGCGACCGACACGAGCGGGACAGAGAGGUACAAGGGAAAGAAAGAAGGAGCUGGACUGAUCUCGUGAGGAUAUUCCGUGCCUCGCUCCGCAAGUCCCUUGCAUCACUCUGGCAGAGCGAUCCUACUCGGAACCAUCUCGAUCUGGAUGCGGACGACUUCUCAGUGGAGAUUACCGACGUCAGAUUUCACCAGCAUGAAAGUAUCCACCCGUGCUAUCCAACGGAUACCAUAUUCCCAGUAUGGACGGACGUGGCCGAGGAGAUCAUGACACGGAUCUCGGAUCCAACGGGGAUUUUUACGAUUGGAUGUUUCCGAGUGGGCGGGAAAAUCUACACUCGCGAUCCAUACUGGGAAUGGGCUGUAAAGGAGAGUCGCGAACGGUGCCCACCGACGGUUGUCAUCGGUGUUGACCGGCUGGUGAAGAGGGACUGGGCCCAAGUUAGGGAGACGGUCAUUGCGGUCCUGGAUGCUCGGGGCCUUGACGAGGUCGCGGUGCUGAUUCGAAAGGAUGUAGACUCCAGGCCUGACAAGGUCGUGGGAGACGGUGAUCCACAGGAACCCCUGGGUGUCCAUAAUUGCAGACCGGAUCCUGAUUUGGGGUAUAGUAUCAACAACUCGCGCGCUGCGGGGGAUGUUGCGUUUGGAAGUUUGGGUGCUUGGGUCGAGGUAAAGGAGCUGACCACAGGGGAUUGGGUUCCAAUGGCUCUAACGAGCGCAAACUGCUGUCUUCCUCCCGAGGAGGGAUUGUCCGCUGAGGACCUGCAAGUACUUCUAAAACGGAAACGAGACGGCGUCAACUCUAACGACGUGCACAAACGACACCUUCUUGCAGUCGAGUCACCCAGCCGUAAAGACGUUGAAAAAGGGAUCAAGUUUCUUACCGAUGAAAUCAACCAACCGAGCCGUGACCCUAGUGAAAGAAGCGCUCAAAUGAAAUGGAGAAAAGGCCGCGAGACCAUGAAAGGAUACCUCGAUAACCACGGCCACCUCCUCGGUGAAGUCUUCGCUUCGUCCGGGUUGCGCGUUGCCCCGUCCACCGAGGACGCAAGCAAACUGUCUAUUCGAGAUUGGGCGCUCGUGCGGCCAAAUGCAGAUCAUUCAAUGGGCAAGAAUGACAUUGGAAUCGUACAAACACCGGCCGGCAGAGAACUCCGCCGGCUCUCUCGCCAUCUCCCCAAUACGAAUCAGUCUCUCCUGACAAUCGGCCGAACCAAUCCCAUUGUCAGAUGGAAUUACGCCAAUCUCAAAGUAUACCACAUCUCCAGAUUCAUGACUGAUGGACAAAAACAGCCAAUUCUAACCUGGGAGCAUGCCAUCGUUCGGAAUGGCGAUAUUACCCCUCUUGGCGACGAACGGGACUCGGGGGCGCUUGUUCUUGACCAGAUGGGCCGGGCCCUUGGAAUGGUUUUUGGUGGUUCUAUAUCGGGGGACCUGGUAUACUUUACCAGUGCCAGGGACUUGGUGGAUGACAUCAAUAGGAGUACUACGGGGGUGAAGGCUGUGAGACUUCCUGGGGAUGAGUUUUGGGAGUGGGAGUGA